AGACCUGUGCCAUUCCCUAGUAGAUUCGCAUGGCAUUGCGUAAUCAUAACCCGGUGUAUCGCGGCGAAUCGUUGUUAUCCUUUUUCAAGAUAAAUGGAACCAGAGUGGAAGAACCCAUUUCUCAUCACGAUAACUGCGUAGCCAGAGAAACUUCAAUGGCCUCGAUUUCACUUCCUGCCAAGCUCAAUGUCAAUGCACCCACAGAAUCCGGAAGCGGCUUCAAGCGAGCCUGUCCAUUUUUUAAAUGGAUACCAGGUGAUUUCCACAGAUAACUUGACCACAUCAUUAGGGACAAAAUUUACCGUCGACGCAUUCAAAUAUGGCACGAUUCCAGGGUGUCUGGGUUACUUCUUGUCUCAUUUCCAUUCCGAUCAUUAUGGUGGUCUUUCGUCUAAAUUUGUUGGAC